AUGUCCCAAAUACCACAUUUCGGCCGGCGCUUGGCUGCAGGGGCGGCCUCGGCCUGGUCCUGCCUCUUUUGCCGCCGUGUAGGGGCUCAAUGGCAAUCGGCAGCUUUUGACGUUAAGCAGACCAGUGCGGUUGCGGGCACGACGAGGAUCACUGCAAGACAAAGCCAUGGCAAAGUCAGAUUUUUCUCCCAGAGCACACCAAAGAGAGCGCAGGCACCACAGAACAAACGGCAACCGAGGGGAUAUGCUGCGCCGAGCAUGGAACAAAUGUACUACACCAUCAGCAUCAUCCUCGGCACAGUCGCCUUCUCGUAUGGCUCGGUGCCCAUGUAUAAGAUGAUCUGCCAAACAACAGGCUGGGGCGGUCAGCCCGUCCGGGCGCACGGCACGGCCAGUUCAUCGUCGUCUCCAGAAGACCUUGCCUCCCGUCUCGAACCCGUCCGGGACGCUAAGCGCAUCCGCGUGACCUUUACUGCGUCCGUCUCCAACGUGUUGCCUUGGAAGUUUGUCCCCCAACAGCGCGAGGUGCGCGUGCUGCCGGGCGAGACGGCGCUGGCCUUCUACACAGCAACCAACAACUCCGACAAGGAUAUCAUCGGCGUUGCGACAUACAGCGUCACGCCUGCCCAGGUUGCGCCAUACUUCAGCAAGAUCCAGUGCUUCUGUUUUGAGGAGCAGCGCUUGGCUGCUGGUGAGACCGUGGAUAUGCCGGUAUUUUUCUACCUCGAUCCCGAUCUGUUGAAGGAUGUGAAUAUGAAGGGAGUUGAGACGGUGACCCUGAAUUAUACAUUCUUCAAAGCUAGGUAUGAUGAUAACGGGAGGAUUAGGGGCAUUCCAGGACCUCUGCCCGAAGUUAAUUAA